UACAGGUUUCACAGUCAUGGGGCUCCGCACGGAGCUUUCACCUUCGAUAAGCAACUAUUGGAGUGCACUAGAACUCAAGCAAAGGCACACAGAGGCUGCCACUUGGUACAGAUUUAUAUUAAAACUUUUCAAAAGACGACAGGGAAUCAUCAAAAGCUAAUUGAAAAUAUGAAAUAAACGUUAAAAUUGCGUAAUUCAAACAAAAUCCUGAAGGUUAACAAAAAAUUAGUAUGGUCAAGAAACAUUUUUUUUUAAAUUUGAUGAAAUUGAAAAAAAAUAAAGAUAAGUGAAGACGUCAUUCAAAGCGGUACGUCACCCCUUAACCAGUUUUCGCUUCGCCCAUCGAAUCCAAAGGUUUUGCUUUUACACCCGCGACAUAUGCAACGUGCACAGCACUGACCAAACAUUGCGCCAAAUGCAUUUUAUCGUCCAACAACGCUGCCCAAUUCGUUUUCAUCUGAGUGAUCACCGCCAGGGCAGAGAAAUGACCAUCCUCCUUUAUCUGGGAAAGAUUCACAUCGCGGACGGUCAGUUUGAGAUUACGCUUCGUUUCGCGCGGUCACUUUUUCAUCCGAGCGCCCCAAAACCACGUGGAGUGGAGUGUUAAAUAUACCCGUUUAAAAAAGUUGCACCGCGAACAAAAUGUACCACCUGGAAGUGCUCGGUUUGGUGGUGGUGCUGCUGGCCGGAAGCAGUUCGGCAUACAUUGUGAAGGAUGGCAACUGCUCGUUGGUAUCCGCCAACAUUCCGGUGCUGGACAACUUUAACCUCGAAAAGUAUCUCGGCAAAUGGUACGAGAUUGAACGGUACGAGCAAGACUACGAGCGCAACCUGGAGUGCGUUACGGCCGAGUACACCCGGAAUGUGCAAGACGGCUCGAUCGAUGUCAAGAACAAGGGCUUUCUGGCCAAGAAGGACGCGUACGCCUCGUUCAGCGGUAUCGCCUACAUCUCGGAUCCGCUGCUGGAUCCCGUCGUCGCAAAACUGAACGUCAGUUAUGGAAUCUUGGCGAGCGGAAUCUCAAACUACUGGGUCGUGGACACGGACUACCGCCACUUUGCCGUCGUGUACUCGUGCACGCCGAUCGACGACUCCGAGUCCGUCAUCGAGGGCUACUGGCUGCUGUCGAGGACGCCCAAGCUGACCGAGGAGCUGCAAAUCACGGAGAAGCUGCGGUACCUGCUGGAGACGUACUUUGUGCCGUCGCACGUGCGGCCCACCAACCACAGUGAAGCAUUAUGCCGCAAGGAGCCCGAAAUACCGCCGGUUCCCGCAUCGCUGGUGCUACCUCCGCUGCCCUGAAAUGUGCCAUUUAAACGGUCCGCGCUAGCGCGUGUGCAGCUAAUUGCAGUAUUAUCUCCAGCAGCUCAUUCUAUCGGUCUGUUUACCUACCAAGACUCACUUUUACUUUCCUUCGGAUGAUUGUCGCCACCGCCACACCAAUCAAUUCAAACCAAACGGACGACGAGUUCACUGAAUCGUCCGGGUUCGUGCUCUGCUGUCCUAAAUGCCAUUUUCAAAAUGGUCCAAAAUCAAGAUAUAGGUCGUUUGUUACGAUGAAUUUCAACUAACCGUUGUGUCAACUGUUAGUUUCGAUUAACUCAAAAAGGCAUCUUCGUCAAAUGUGCACGACUCCAACGGAAUGUGUAAAUGUGGCUUCGGUUGCGUGGCUGAUCUUGUUCCAUACUCUCUGUCUCUUUUCCGAACUUCUGAACACAACCUCAUACUAUACUACUUUAGGCGAUAAGUUAAUGUUAUGUAAAUAAAUACAGCUGAUUAAAGUGUGGCACCUUCUCA